AUGCUCUCCGGAAUUCUAAUCUUCAACCAGAAAGGCGAGAAUCUCAUAUUUCGGGCAUACCGAAAUGACUGUCGCCCGCGGCUCGCCGAUAUAUUCCGCAUCCAGGUCAUAUCGAAUCCGCAGGUGCGGUCUCCGAUCCUGACGCUGGGUUCGACCACGUUCAGUCAUGUCAAACAUGAGAAUAUCUACAUCGUUGCUGUCACGAAGAGCAAUGCGAACGCGGCCCUGGUCUUUGAGUUCCUGUAUCGGCUCGUGUUGCUGGGGAAGAGCUAUUUCGGGAAGUUCGAUGAGGAGGCUGUGAAGAAUAAUUUUGUGCUGAUUUACGAGUUGCUUGAUGAAAUCCUCGACUUCGGCUACCCCCAAAACACCGAAACCGACACGCUGAAAAUGUACAUCACAACUGAGGGCGUCAAGUCCGCCAUCACCAACAACCCGACCGACUCCGCCCGCAUAACACAGCAAGCCACUGGCGCGCUUUCCUGGCGCCGCGCAGACGUCAAGUACCGCAAGAACGAGGCCUUCGUGGACGUGAUCGAGGACGUGAACCUGCUGAUGUCCGCAACGGGGACGGUCCUGCGCGCCGACGUAAACGGGCAGAUUGUAAUGCGUGCUUAUCUAUCCGGAACGCCAGAGUGCAAGUUCGGUCUGAACGACCGGCUGCUGCUGGACAAUGAUGCCGCGGGGCCUGGGUCCGCGAAUCCGAGUUCUGGCGGGCGAAGCGGUGGUGGUGGGGGAGGGGGUUCGAAGACCAGGGCUGCGGCGGGGAGCGUCACGCUCGAGGACUGCCAGUUCCACCAGUGCGUGAAGCUAGGACGGUUCGACGCGGACCGGAUUAUCAGUUUCGUGCCGCCCGAUGGCGAGUUCGAGCUGAUGCGGUACCGCGCUACGGAGAACGUCAACCUCCCAUUCAAGGUUCACCCGAUUGUGCGGGAGAUCGGAACUACGAAAGUCGAGUAUAGCGUUGCCAUCAAGGCGAAUUACUCCUCGAAACUAUUUGCCACGAACGUCGUCAUUCGCAUCCCCACGCCGCUUAACACGGCCAAGACAACUGAGCGGACAUCUCAGGGCCGAGCAAAGUACGAGCCCGAACAAAACAACAUUGUGUGGAAGAUUGCACGGUUCUCCGGUGGUGCAGAAUAUGUCCUCACGGCCGAGGCGACAUUGUCAGCGAUGACAAAUCAAAAAGCUUGGAGCCGGCCGCCCUUGAGCCUUAGCUUUUCUCUUCUAAUGUUUACAAGUUCCGGAUUGCUUGUGCGCUACCUGAAGGUCUUCGAAAAGAGUAACUACUCAAGUGUAAAGUGGGUACGAUACAUGACCCGCGCGGGAAGUUAUGAGAUUCGUUUUUGA